AUGUCCAGGAACGCCUCGAAGACGCAGUUUGCCCGGAUGGUGGGCGCAGAGUCGCGCGACCCGCACCAGGAACCGCACGACGCCGACUCGAGGAACUGGCCAGACACCGACAGCGAGUACGGCGACUACACCGCUAUCAAGAUGAUUUGUAGCACGAAGGACAUUCAGAGCUUCACCACAUUGAUGUUGCGCAACAUACCGGUUACUUACAAUGUGGGCGAGCUUGUGCAGGAGCUUGACAGUUCUGGCUUCGAGGGCAAAUUCGAUUUUUGCUACAUGCCCUGCGACUUCGUCGUUGGCAACAGCAAGGGGUACGCGUUCGUGAACUUUGAGUCGUUCACCGUCGCGUCGCGCUUUCAGAACACUUGGCAUGGGAGCCGGCGCUUCCCGAACCAUUCUUGCAACCGCACCGUGCAUGUGCUGGUGGCGCACAUCCAGGGCAGGGAGGCCAACAUGGCCAUGGUGUCGCACACUUUCGGUUCGAUCCGCAACCCAAACUUCCGCCGGCACGUGUUCAGCAAACGGGGCACCGAGCGCCCCAGCACGGGCGAGGCCACGCUGGCAGACUUGCCAACCACGGGGCCCCCAGCAGCGCGCCCGCAGCUCUGUGCCCCACCGGAGGGAGCAGGCCCGCAGGCGACGCCGCCAAGCCGGCCGCCAGGCAUGUUCCACUCAGCGUACGCAGGUGCGCCGCCACCAGUCCAGCAGCCGACGCUCGCGAUGACGCUGUCGAGCCGGCCGCCAGGCAUGCUCUACUCAUCAUGCGCGGGUGCGCAGCCACCGGCCCAGCAGCCGACGACCGCGAAGACGCCGUCGAGCCAGCCGCCUGGCAUGCCUUACCCAGCAUUCGCGGGCGAGCAGCCGCCGGCGCCAGUCCAGCAGUCGACGCCCGCGCUCUGGCCAGCCGUGCGCGGAGUCUGCUGCCAGCGCUGCGGGGCGGCCGACGCUUCUGGGGCUUCGCGCGGCGCAGCCAGCAGCAGCUCCUGGCCGCGGAGAGCCUGGUCACGCGGCCGGCGGGCGCCGCGGGCGUGGGCGCCUGCGGGGCUGGCCGCGGCCUUCUGGGGCCGCGUCGCGGCCAGGUGA